GUGGCUCCACGACAACGGCGGAUAUCUCCAUCCACACGCUCUCCUGGCAUACAGCGACGACGCGGGAGUGCAUUGUCAAGCCGGCGCAAAUCUCCCCCCAGGCGCCCAGAUCUGUACCAUCCCGCACUCCGUUGCCCUGUCGAGUCUGAACGCCCUCGUCGACGACUCCUUCACCGUUUUUCGGGAUCGUGGUGGCCUGGCUCCGCGAGCCGUGGGCUACUUCUACCUCAUGCACCAGUACAUCACUCGGGCUACAUCGCACUGGAAGCCUUACUUGGACACUCUCCCCGCUCCCGACGGUGAUCUCCGGACUCCCUUUUUCUUCGACCAACAGGAUUUGCUCUGGCUCGCCGAAACGGAUGUCUUGUUCACGACCCAGGCGCGGCGGGCCCAGCACGAAGCACACUAUCAACAGGCAAUCGCGCUGCUCGUUAAGGCUCACAUAGAUCCAACGCCAUAUACAUGGUGAGUCGGCAUCUCGCAAGGUAGGUAGGUGGUGAAGGAUAUCCGUUUUGAUCAACAUAGGCAACUUUAUCAGUGGGCUGUGACCAUGUUCACUUCCCGCUCCUUCUCCUCUCGUGCUCUUCAUCCGCAGGAUAGCAAAUACUGGCCGGCGUACAAGUCCGCUCCCGACGGCCGUAGAAAGACGGUGCUGCUGGACCUGUCCCGGAGCUCUGCAGAUGAGCUGGACUUCCCUGUGCUCUUUCCCGUGCUGGAUAUCUUGAACCACCAGCACGCCGCUCAUGUGGACUGGAGCUUUGAUCCCGGAAGAUUUACCGUGUCAAUCAGUGACGCGGUUACGCAAGGUAGCGAAGUCUUCAACAAUUAUGGGCCCAAGAGCAACGACGAGCUCCUUUUGGGCUAUGGCUUCUGUCUGUCCAGUAAUCCCAAUGACCAGGUCCUGCUGGUCCUCAAAACCCCUCCCGAGGGCCUUCAGCCAGAUAUUCGACAGAUACAACCAGGAUACUUUGACUCUACUGGAAAGUGGGAUGCGCAGAAAGCCACCUUUGGCCUACACCGAACCGAGGUGGUGCCAAAAAGCCCUGGUGAUGUGUUCCUGCAGCUGCCCUCGUCCCUCCUGGAACUUCUCACGUACACCAUCCGUUUCGAGAGAAGGUUGCCAUUCAAGUUCAUCGAUCACGUCCUGCAAAGUCUGGUCGAUGAGACGAGCCCCAGCCGGCACUACUUGCCGCACAUUACACGAAUGAUUGUCUCAUCCUUGGCGCCCAAACUUGAUAGGAUCAAGAGUACCACACCCUCGACGCCGCCCAUCAAUAAAAAGCAAGAAAUUGCCAAAGUCUACCGUGAUAGCCAGACCGAAAUACUGGAAUCUCUGAUGCUCAGCUUGCGCUUCUAUCUACUCUCGAUGCUCCGCCUGUCUUUUCCCACGACAGAGCCUGUGCCUACGGGAGCUUUCAUCACUACCAUCGAGGGUCUCCUUCAGUUACUCGGACGAUCCAAUCUGCAAGCUGCAAGCGACUUUGCUAGUGGCAUCGCCGCGAAUGCCGGAACCGCGGACCUCGACCAACUGCGACAGGCGGGCUGGGAGGAAGACAUGUUCGUGCUCCUCCUAUGCUACUGCCAAUUGACCUUUGGUUUUGAGCUUCCCGAGUUCUGUGUCGAUAGAGUCGCAGAUGUGGAAGAUGCACUCUACGCUGUGGAGUUGGAACAAGCCAAGGACUUGCUCGAGCUUGUUCAAGUGGCGGCAGCUGCUCAUCCUGGCAGCAUUUGGUCACUGGGGAAGUGGAACGCCGAUUUCAUUGCCAAAGUUGGUGGGAGAAUGCUGAUUCACGAGAGCUUUCCGAUGAUGGUACCUGUAGCUGCGCAGCAGGAGAUGCCGUUGCAGGUGAUAUACAUCCAAGGCAUCCAGGCAGGAGGUGGUGUAUCACGUGAUGAAGUGCAUGGAACAAGUUAACCAGUCAGACCAUGAAACAAAUUUUGCAGACAUUAUCGUCCUCGCGACACACGGCCAACAAUCUAUGAUACACUUUCCA